AUGCGAUCCAAGUUUAAGGACGAGCACCCCUUCGAGAAGCGCAAGGCCGAGGCCGAGCGAAUUCGCCAGAAGUACGCCGACCGCAUCCCGGUCAUCUGCGAGAAGGUCGAGAAGUCAGACAUCGCCACCAUCGACAAGAAGAAGUACCUCGUUCCCGCAGAUCUCACCGUCGGUCAGUUCGUCUACGUGAUUCGCAAGCGCAUCAAGCUCUCCCCCGAGAAGGCGAUCUUCAUCUUCGUCGACGAGGUUCUGCCACCCACCGCCGCGCUCAUGAGCAGCAUCUACGAAGAGCACAAGGACGAAGAUGGUUUUCUGUACAUCACGUACUCCGGAGAGAACACUUUCGGCGACCUAUAA